AUGGCAGAAACGCAACCCGAGAAUUCUGCUCUUAUUUUGAAUGAUCCGCUACCUUUGCCUUCCGAGAGUCAUUCGCCACUAGACCAAAGCUUCCCAGUGGUCCCAGUCUCCCAGUCGCAUGGCUCAAUACAAAGCGCAGUUCAAGAAAGUAUUUUGACUCAGAUGUCAUCCUACGAACCGUCAAGACCAGCAGGGUUGUUCGAAACGCAAUGUACACCGCUCUAUCAGCACAUACUUGAUCAGUGGUGGGAAGAAGAUACGCUGCCCAUCCUCUGGUCAUUUAACGUGGGAGAUAUCAAGAGGAUAUUAAGAUUUCGUUUGUACAGGGACGAUGAAUUCCCCAAAAGAAUACUGCGACACCGGAAUACCGCUACUCUCACGGAAUUCCUCACCACCUUGCUCCCUACCAGCUAUGAUCUCAUUUUUGGCCUUACUCACUAUGAGAAGGUGAAUGAACUCGUUCGAGUAUGUCGAACGAGGAGCUUUCAGGUCUCCUGGGGCUGGUUUCCGGACUGUGUAGGCGAUGCACUACCUUCGACUAUUGCACUGGAAAUUGACAUGGAGAGUAUCCUUCAUUUCAAAACAGUGCCCUUCGAAGAUUGGGUUCGUUACUGCUUAGGAUAUCCUACCAGUUCAGUAACAUGGUUCCUCGAGCUGCACAAUGAGCUAUAUCACAUGGUCGCAGUACACCUUUCUAGGUUUCCUCCAAAGUCUUCUAUCUACACUGAGGUAGAAAAGCAUCUUCGAUUCCGUAACCCAUGGGCUCACCGUGCAAUCUUACAAUGUUUGAAAGAUAGAGGUCUCGUAAAUCCUCGCGGUAGCUCUAACAACCGCAUAUCGACCUUCCUUGUCGAGCCAAUACAGACCUUUUUUGCAUCCCCUCCAGGGCCAUUCGUUCAAUUUUUAAAGAGGCUUUCAGUCUUAUCAGUCCGUUUCACCCGACAAUAUCAUGAGAGGUCUGACAUCAAUUGGGCAACACCAUUUCAGACAAGAUUUCCACACUUAAAUGAACUUGUCGCCUCUCAUCCCAUCACGAGCCUAGCCAAACGACUUACAUAUUCCAAUGAGCGUGAAUUUAACGCAUUCUCGCUCAAGGCUUAUGACCAGAACAACGACGCCGAAUUCCAGACUCUGGUGGAUAACUGGUAUUUACUCUCAACGUCAAUUGAAGAUUGCUGUAUAGCUUUUCCUGAGAUGUUCAAUUAUUUCAAGGACUGUGCAAAAGUUCUUCUCAGUAUGAGGAACUACUAUGCAGCAACGGCAAUUCUCUACGGGCUUCAAGAGGGCGAACCGACGUCAUAUAUUCUGUCCCCUUUAGCAUCGAAUGAUUCUCUACUGGAUUCUUGUUUUAAUCUUCUAGAUUCUACUGGUAACUAUGCUGUCUACAGAAGAACUAUGGAAGAAAGACCCGGCCUUCCCUUCUUACACCCUCAUAUCAAAGAGUACCGCACUCGUGGAAGGAUCGCCAUAUCUCGUUUGUUUCCACUGUCUCUCUGA